CCAGCACUUGAACAUUCCAUGGUCAGUGAGACCAGAAUGAAAAGGCACGCUUGCCAUCCUUGCUGUGUUUCCUGCCUGACUACAUAACUUUUACAAUGUCACUUGUGGAUAACUUGAUCAGAUUAGGGCGAAUCACGGGGUUGGCCAAUAGCAAUCGGAAGGAGUCUCCAGCGUCACUUGUUGCAUUAUUAGGAAAUGCAUCCGGAUAGACCUGCCCUGUGCAUGCUCAGUGCUGAUGUUCCUCUUUGUCUCUGCUGUCUAAUUCACGAGACGAGAUGAGCGUGGAUUGUUCGAGCAAUGCCAGCUGCCCUGCCCACAGCAUGGAGGACGAGCUGCCGGUUCAGAUGGAGGGCCACGGGCCCCUGAAGCUUGUUUUCACAGUGGUGUCAGCCCUGAUGGUGGGCCUGGUCAUGUUCUCCUUCGGAUGCUCGGUGGAGAUUCGGAAGUUGUGGUCACACUUCAGAAGACCCUGGGGCAUUGCGGUGGGGCUGAUUUGCCAGUUUGGGCUCAUGCCUCUGACUGCGUAUCUGCUAGCCCUUAGCUUCUCUCUGAAACCCUUCCAAGCUAUUACUGUCCUCAUCAUGGGGUGCUGCCCUGGGGGCACCAUCUCGAAUGUUCUGACCUUCUGGGUUGAUGGAGAUAUGGAUCUCAGCAUCAGUAUGACGACUUGCUCCACAGUGGCCGCCCUGGGGAUGAUGCCCCUCUGCCUCUACCUCUACACCUGGUCCUGGGACCUUAAGCAGAAUCUCACCAUUCCAUACCAGAGCAUAGGAAUUACCCUUGGGUCCCUGAUUGUUCCCGUGGCCUUUGGCGUCUACGUGAAUUAUAGGUGGCCAAAGCAAGCGAAAGUCAUUCUUAAGGUCGGGGCCAUUGUGGGCGGCAUCCUCCUUCUGGUGGUGGCAGUCACUGGUGUGGUCCUGGCCAAGGGAUGGAAUACAGAUGUCACUCUUCUGAUCAUCAGUUUCAUUUUUCCUUUGGUCGGCCACGUCACUGGCUUCCUGCUGGCAUUCCUCGCCCACCAGUCUUGGCAAAGGUGCAGGACGAUUUCCAUAGAGACUGGAGCCCAGAACAUCCAGCUGUGCAUCGCCAUGCUGCAGCUGUCCUUCACCGCCGAGCACCUGGCCCAGCUGUUUAACUUUGCCUUGGCCUACGGACUCUUUCAAGUGCUGCUGGGGCUCCUGAUUGUUGCAGCAUAUCAGGCAUACAAGAGGAGGCAGAAGAGCAAGCUCCAGAGGCAGCACCCUGGUUGCCCAGAGGUCAGCUACGAGAAGCCCAGAGAGACCAGUGCUUUCUUAGAGGAAGGAGAUGAAGCCGCUAUAACUCUGGGGCCACCGGGACCAGAGCAGCUGCACAGGGCUGCUGAGUAAUCAGCCACAUUCCAUCAUGGGAACAGGGGCCAGCUUGGCCCUCCAUCUUCCUUCGCGGCCAGGAAAGACCACGCACGGAUGUGUGAACGUCACUGGAGGAACUGUGUGAGCAAGCAGCAAACGGUUGAAUUCUUAGGUUCUUCCGUCCCUGUCUGUCUCCUGGGGAACAGUGAGUGGCCGCUGGCAGUGAGCAGCAGGCAUUUCCUGGUGAAGCUGGCCUCCGCCGUGGAUUUUAACGGAAGAGAGAGAACAUCAGUGUAGCGGAGACUCACACUGCAGGACGGAGCCCGUCCAGAUCCACUGACUUCUUGGCUGUGAGCAGGUGCUCUGGAGUGCUUAGGGAAGAGACACUCAGAAGAAAUAGGCUUCAAGGACAUGAGUUUUAAGGGAUCAAGCAUCUUGUAAUUUUGAUACAUGUGUGAUACUCUAAAGGAAACGGGAAGAAUCUAAAAAGUGAAUAUCUGGGUGAGUUCUUUCUCCAGAGAGGAACAGACAUGUGCCUAGAACCUCCAUAACAGAGACACAUGUGCAAACCUUGGGUAUCCUGUGUGCAAAGUCAUCUAAAAUGUCCAAAGUUUGUCCUCUGUGUUCUGACAUUGGCUGGCGAUGAUCUCGGAACAACUUUCUACAUCUGUCUGUGUUACCUACCUCAUUCUUUAGAACAGUGCUACGUCCAAGUGUUGUGUCAUAUAGGACAGUAACUUAUUUAACUCAUCGAUAUUAGCGAGUAUCCAGAUGCCUCCCAGUGUAGCGUGGCUGUGAGUGGCCCUCAUGCCCGUGUCCUUGUAGGACCCUUCCUGCAGUCUGCUGGACAGGCUCGCUGCUCCUCAAAAGGUUGGAUUGCUCUGUUUCGGAAGGGCUCUGUUGUUCAAUCUCACAAGCUUAAGAAAUGAUUUUUCAUUGCUUUGAUUUGUGAAAACAUCUCAUUAAAUUAUGACAUCAAAACAUGAA